AUGAGUGCUGAAAAAGAUGCAAAUAGUCCCUCGAGAGAUACUAAGAAUACGGAACGAACUCGAUCUGUAAAUUUUAAUAAUUUCAUUUAUGUCAAUUGUACAAGGGAACAGAAGACAUAUUUUAUGCCUAUCAACUUUUGCCUGUUGAACACCAGAUCAAUAAAUAGGAAAGAACUUUUUAUUAAUGAUUAUGUGUCUGAGAACGAUAUUGAUAUUCUAGCAGUGACUGAGACAUGGUUACGGGAGGAUGAUAAUGAAUUUUCUACUGCUGAAAUCUGCCCAACGGGGUAUCACUUUUAUCACAUUACAAGGAAAAAUGCACGAGGUGAAGGAGUUGGUCUCUUACUGAAGAAAUAUAUUAAAGUCAAAAAACAAUCUCAGAGAAAAUUCUCUUCUUUUGAAUAUAUGGAUGUCACCUUGAACUGCCGUAAUACCUACACCAGAAUGAUUGUCAUUUAUAGACCACCCCCAUCGAAGACUAAUAAAUUAAGCAGCUCAAUAUUUUUUGAAGAAUUCUGCAUAUUUGUGGAACAGUUGAUCAUAUUACCUGGCAAUGUAUUAAUGGCAGGAGACUUUAAUUUUCAUAUAGACAACAUUGGAGAUUCAGAUACUAUUAAAUUCAACAAGAUACUGGAAUCGUUUAAUUUACAACAGCACGUCAAUGGGCCAACCCACAAGAAAGGCCACACCUUAGACUUGAUUAUAACAAGGAAUGAAGAUAAAUUAGUGACUGGUAUCAGAAUACAUGAUCCAGUAAUAUCAGAUCAUCUUGCCAUACAUUGCACAUUACAGUUAGAGAAACCACCAUUAGAACAAGCUGAAAUUUAUUAUCGAAAAUUAAACAAUGUAAACAUGGAUAGUUUCAAUGAAGGUCUAAAAGUACUAGAUUUAAAUGACGAUUAUGAUCUUUCAGUCCUUAUUGAUAAAUAUGAAAAUACGUUGAAAGAAACAUUACAGCAGCAUGCUCCACAAAAACGACGAAUUAUAACUCUUCGUCCUUUAUCACCAUGGUACAAUGAGGAGAUUGGUCAAGAAAAAAGAAAUCGCAGGAAACUAGAGCGCCGCUGGCGCGCAUCUGGACUAUAUAUUGACAGACAGUUAUAUGUCAAACAAUGUGAGACAGUGAAUGCCAUGAUAAAGAAUGCUAAGACAACAUACUACUCAUCGGUUAUUUCCAGUAAUGCACAUAAUCAGAAAGUGUUAUUUAGUACGGUUGAUAAAUUACUCCAUCGAAAGCCAGAAAAGCGCUAUCCAACUGCGUCAUCAACGACUGAACUUGUGAAUAAAUUUUCAGAUUUCUUCAAUAAUAAGAUUGCUAUUAUAUGGAAAGAACUAGCCAUCGAUUCUUCCCACUGUAAUCAGCGAAAUCAAGAGGAACAAUAUGCACAAUGCGUUAAAUUCAUUAACUUUCAAGAAAUCACGGAACAUGAGAUUGAAAAUGUUAUUGAUAAAGUUGGUAAAAAAUCUUGUGAACUUGAUCCAGUGCCCGCAAAAAUCUUUCAAGGUUGUCAGAAGACUCUCUUACCUAUAAUUACUAAGAUCAGUAAUAAGUCACUUCAGUCAGGUUGUAUGCCUGAGAUACUAAAAGAAGCCGUGUUGAAACCAAAACUAAAGAAAGAUUCGCUGGAUUACGAAGAAUACACAAAUUUCCGACCUAUUUCAAAUUUAAAAUUCCUGUCUAAAGUAAUUGAGAAGGUUGCUGCCGGUCAGCUUCUGGAACACUUGGCUAAUAACAAAUUAGAAGAACCCUUCCAGUCGGCAUAUAAACGUUUUCAUAGUGCAGAAACAACCAUAAACGAUAUUCUUGUAGCCAUUGAUAAUCGUAAGUGUGUGGUGUUGCUAUUACUAGAUAUGUCAGCAGCAUUCGAUACUGUUGAUCACGAACUUUUAUUACAACGAAUGUUCAAAAGAUUUGGGAUAGAUGGGCAAGUGUUGAGAUGGUUUCAGUCCUAUCUUCAGAAUAGAACGCAAAGAGUAGUGAUUGACGGUGUUAAAUCUAUCUCUAAAGACUUACGCUGUGGAGUCCCACAAGGAUCAGUUCUCGGCCCUAUACUAUAUUUAUUAUACACUUCACCCCUUGGUGAUAUCAUCAGAGGUCAUGAUCUUGAUUUUCACUUUUAUGCAGAUGACUCGCAAUUAUAUCUCGCUUUUGAGUCAACCACUGAAGGAAAAGCGGGAGCACUGGUACAAAUCGAAAUGUGUGUAAAGGAGAUUGAUUUGUGGAUGGUCAAAAAUAAAUUAAAAUUGAAUGGGGACAAGACUGAGCUACUAGUAAUCAAUGCACAAAUCGUUUAUGCCCUGCUGUACACCAUAUAGAAAUAUCUAAGUCAAUAGUUCAACCAAGUACUUCAGCACGAAACAUCGGUGUAACCUUCGAUCAACACAUGUCCAUGGAUAAACAUAUUACCAACAUUUGCAAGAACUGUUUUUCCAUUUGAGAAAAAUAGCAAGAAUAAAAGAGUACUUAUCAAAAUCAGAUAUCCAAACCCUAGUUCAUGCCUUUAUUACAUCGAAACUAGAUAAUUGCAACUCUUUGCUAUACGGACUACCUAAAUUUCUUAUAGAUCGAUUACAGAAUGUGCAAAACUGUGCUGCUCGUCUGGUGACAGGAAGCAGAAAAUAGACCAUGUUACUCCAUUAAUGAAACAAUUACAUUGGCUCCCCAUCAGUCAACGCAUCAUCUAUAAAAUUGUUCUUAUCACGUAUAAAUCUCUGAAUGGCUCAGCUCCACAUUACAUUAAUAAUAUGCUAAAACCUUACACACCAUCAGCAAAUUUACGCUCCUCAUCCAAAGGAUUGCUUACCAUACCUUCAGUAAAACUAGUGAACUAUGGUGAACGAUCGUUCUCAUAUGCUGCACCGAAACUGUGGAACGAACUGCCAGAGUAUAUUAGAAAGAGUGAGACCUUGCUUAUUUUUAAAACCAGAUUAAAGACACAUCUUUUUAAACAGUAUUAUGACUAAGUUAUUAUUUUAACAAGAUUAUUAGCAAUUUUAUAGUAUUCUAUAUAGUUGUUGUUUUAAUAUUAUCAACAUACAUAACAUAAAGUAAUUUUAUAUUCUUAACGAGAAGAGCAUAUAAUUAUUUUUUAGUAAUUUUAUAGUAUAGUAAUUUUAGUAGUCAAUGCAUGCACUAUGUUCUAACACUUAGUAUAUAUUUUUAACACUUGAUGUUAAGCGCUAUUGAGCUAUGGGAAAUGGCGCUAUAUAAAUGAAUUAUAAUAAUAAUAAUAAUAAUAAUAAAUUAUCGGUACGAUAUUGACGGAGAUACAAGCAUUUGAUGUUGCAAUUAAGGCACUUUCAAAAUUCGCGAAAAUAUGAGAAAAAUCGGCUUAUUAAAUUAAUUGGAAAACAUGCACUUGCCACUUUCCUUGGAAACUUUUUAACUUCAUUGAAUACAGUCAAAAGUUGCUUGUAUCUUGCUUCUAAAGUCAAAAAUCGAACACCGUCAAUCGAUGCGGAUUAGAAUAAUUGUGUCAAAUUUCAUUCCGAUCAGACAAGUAAUGACGGAGCCUUAGGGUUUUUUCAAAGAGCGUCGCCCCCUAACAACAACAACAACAACAACGAUUAGCAGCGAUUGGGGACCGGUUCCUGGUCAAAAAAUUUGUAGUGAAAUUAGCGAAAACAAAAUAGCAGUUCGGUGAGAAAACUACGGUCUAUGGAGCGAGAACUCUCGGAUUUGAACUCAGUGUGUUCGAAAAUGUUAGUUCCGGUAAAAAUAUUUCAGAUCCAAGACAGGCUAAAUGAAAGUGAACGAUAUCUGGACCCAGCAGACGUACGGCCUAAUAAUUAACAAUUAUUCGCCGAAGGCGAGGUGAUUAUCGGUGGAUAAAAACUGAGACGAAGUCGAGGUUUUUAUUCACGAUAAUCACCGAGCCUGAGGUGAAUAAAUGUUUUAGUAUAAUUUCAUAGGUGAUUAUUUAGAAAAAAAAAUAAAAAAUAGACAUUUCUUCGUCAUUUAAUUGACAAAACGGCUUCGGCCGCCAUUUUGAAAAUCGCUUAGGUGAUUAUCGCGUAAUAAUCACCUCAACGGCAACCAAUCAGCGUGGAGAAUUUUCAAUAAUCACCUAUGUAAUUAUACUAAUUAGAAUUAUUAUACAUGUAGUAAAUUGGAAUAACAUUUUAAUUAAUUCUGACGUUUAGCCACCCAGCUUUCCCCACGCUCGCAGAAGAAAAACACGCGCAAGAUCUAUAGCCUGCUCGCAGCCCGAAAUUUCGUUCAAAUGAAACCGGCUGCUGAGCAGGUGAGCAAAAUCGGACUCGCUUUAAAACAAGUAUGAAAUAAACUCGACUCCGCCAAAUCUUCACUAUUUCAGAGUGAAAAAAUUUAAAUCCUUAUCAGUACAGAGAGCAAAUAAAAUGAAUCCUGCUGAAUCCAGUCUUGUUGUGAGAUCACGGAAACUGGGACGAGAUGCAAAACCAUAA